AGGAACCCUAGCCUCCAUCCGACUUAUAUACCCCCUCCUCCUCCCCGCAAUCCAUCUCUUCUCCUCCUCCCCGCCGCCGCCGCCGUCUCCUCCUACGCUUCGCCGCUCCCGCUCCCGCCGCCGCGCCACCGCCGUCAGCCAUGGCACCCAAGAAGGAGAAGGCCCCGGCGGCGUCGUCCAAGCCGGCCAAGUCCGGCGGCGGCAAGCAGAAGAAGAAGAAGUGGAGCAAGGGCAAGCAAAAGGAGAAGGUGAACAACGCGGUGCUGUUCGACCAGGCCACCUACGACAAGCUGCUCACCGAGGUGCCCAAGUACAAGCAGAUCACGCCCUCCGUCCUCUCCGAGCGCCUCAGGAUCAAUGGGUCUCUGGCUCGCAGGGCUAUCAAGGACCUGAUGGAGAGGGGACUCAUCAGGAUGGUGUCAAUCCACUCAAGCCAGCAGAUCUUCACCAGGGCGACAAACACCUGAUUUAUCAUUAUCAUGUGUUCCAUGUCUGUUUUUAGUCCAGUAGACUGAGGUGUUGCUGUUAUAUUCAAGUUCACUAUGUCCAGGGGGGCACACUGUGCCACCAGUAAUGUUGAAUUGCUUUUGAGUUUUGGUACACUUUAAGAUCGUUUUGUCAGCGCAAUGAAAUCUACCUUAUAUAUUGCCCUA